GCAAAUGACAUUUUCCUGCAAAGCCGCGCCGGAGCCAAUCGCUCCCCGCACCGUGCAGCCAAUGGAUGCCGGGCUCUUCCAGCCCCUGCCAGCGGCUCCGCGGCUGGAGGGCCUUGGACCAGCUGUGCCAGCGGCGUUCCUGCCCGCAGCCCUUUGCGGGGGUGCCUGGCAUCCCUGCUCCUCCUUCUCCCGGGAAUAACGCUGCCGCUGGGAGCGCUCGGGGUGCCGCGGCCGCUGCGGGGAGCGCGCCGGUGAUUGGGGUAAUUUGGGUGGUUAAUUUGGGUCUCCCUUCAGCACUGCCACGGCCUCCUACCCAGCAGAGCUGCUCCCCAGAGCCAGAGGGAUGGUGGUAGUCACGGGGCAGAACAAAGUGAGUGCCACCCCGGACGAUGCCAUGUCGAGCUCGGAUGCAGAGGAUGAUUUCCAAGAGCCGGCCACUCCCACCGCCAGCCAGGCAGGACAAGCGCUACCUCUGCUGCCUCAGCAGACUGUCCACGCUGCGCAGGUACGAGGACACCAUGCUGGCAGCCAUGUUCAGUGGCAGGCACUACAUCCCCACGGACGCUGAGGGCAGGUACUUCAUCGACAGGGAUGGCACCUACUUCGGAGACAUACUAAACUUCCUACGAUCUGGUGACCUGCCCCCCCGAGAGCGAGUGAGGUCAGUGUACAAGGAAGCUCAGUAUUAUUCCAUAGGACCCUUGCUAGACAAUCUAGAGGAUAUCCAGCCUCUUAAAGGAGAAAAAGUUAGACAAGCUUUCCUGGGCCUAAUGCCAUAUUACAAAGACCACCUGGAGCGGAUAAUCGAGAUAGCCAAGCUGCGAGCCAUGCAGAGGAAGGCCAGGUUUGCCAAGCUGAAGGUGUGCGUGUUCAAGGAGGAGAUGCCCAUCACUCCCUACGAGUGCCCCCACUUCAACUCGCUGCGCUUCGAGCGCAGCGAGAGCGAGACCAAGCUCUUUGAGCACCACUGCGAGGUGGACGUGUCCUUCGGGCCCUGGGAGGCCGUGGCCGAUGUCUACGACCUCCUGCACUGCAUCGUCACCGACCUGUCCGCCCGCGGCAUCACCGUGGACCACCAGUGCAUCGGCGUGUGCGACAAGCACCUCAUCAACCACUACUACUGCAAGCGCCCCAUCUACGAGUUCAAGAUCACCUGGUGGUGAGUGGGGGCUGAGGAAAGGAUCAAAGGACUCCCAGAGGGCAAAUGUUCUUCCAAGGUCGCCUGGAGGUGAGUUGUGGCUGAGCAAAGGGAUGAACGGACUUCUAGAGGACAAAUGUUCUUUCGAGGUUGCCUGGUGGUGGCACAUCGAGGACUUCUAGAGGACAAAUGUUCUUUCAAGGUCGCCUGGUGGUGGCACAUCGAGGACUUCUAGAGGACAAAUGUUCUUUUGAGAUCGCCUGGUGGUGGCACAUCGAGGACUUCUAGAGGACAAAUGUUCUUUUGAGGUCGCCUGGUGGUGGCACAUCGAGGACUUCUAGAGGACAAAUGUUCUUUUGAGGUCGCCUGGUGGUGGCACAUCGAGGACUUCUAGAGGACAAAUGUCCUUUCAAGGUCGCCUGGUGGUGAGUUGUGGCUGAGCGAGGGGAUGAACGGACUCCCCGAGGAUAAAUGUUCUUUCAAGAUCACCUGGUGGUGAGUUGUGGUGGCACAUCGAGGGGUGAGAGGACUUCUAGAGGACAACUGUUCUUUCAAGAUCACCUGGUGGUGAGUUGUGGCAGAGCAAAGUGAUGAAAGGAUUUCUAGAGGACAACUGUUCUUUCAGGAUCACCUGGUGGUGAGUGGUGAGUGUGGUGGCACUUAAAGGACACUUGUUCUUGGCAGUUGCCUUGCUGCUCACAUUCCUUGGGAUCAGCCUGCUGGCAGGGGUUGGGAAAACCUCUGGAAACUUGAAAAAGCAGCCUGAAAUCAGACUGUUGGCUCAGGUACCUUAACGAGGCACAAAACAAAAUCACCUCAUGCAAAGGAUGGAGGGGAGUGGCGGAACAUCUGCUAAAAGGUGCCACCGACCGCGUGGCUUCAGGAUGGAAUUGCAGAUUUUUCCUGCAUUUUGGGAAUCUGGGGUGCUACUAAAGCUGACAUUUGAGUUUUACCCUCUUAGAAAUGUUUUCGUUCCUCCUUCAGCUUUAUAAAGUUUGAGUCACACCCAGCACAAAGAUUCUGGAAAUGUCAUUUUGAUGUACUAGGUACUUAAAAUAAAAAAAUGGAGUAUUCCUUAUAUAUUAUUAAUUGUUGUCAGGGUUAAGCUGUAUUUUCUUUUUUAAUUAAGAAUCAACGUUGUGAAUUAUAAUGUUGUACUUCAAUUAUUUCUGUUGUUAUCAAAAGGAAUAGCAGAUCUGGAAUAUAUUCCUUAAUGCUUUUAGGAAUAAUAACUGUUCAUGGAAGACUUGUGCCUGUUUUUAGCCUUAGAAAUUUUAAAUGUUUACAAUAUCUACAAAAAAAAAAAAGCUCUUUAGAAUCAGGUCAUUUACAAAGGCUUUUGGUAAAUGAGAAAACCCUGUCUGUAUGUUCCUAUUAGCAGUAGUAAGAGAAUAUUUAAUGUAUAUUAUUUUAUUACUGACUCUUUUUACAUUCUGUGAUAUUAAACUUUAUUUUAGACUUAAAGUCAGAUGAUAUUAGACAAGUUUUUUUUUGCUAAUGCAUAUUUUUCUGUGCUGCUAUAGCUUUUUUUGCCACCUUAUCAUCUACAAAACCACUUUUCCACCCUCACACUCCCAAAUCCCUGUGUUUGUGAGCAGUAAAUGGUCUCCUGUCCAUUUGAAUAUUGGAGGAAUGGUGGGACAGUUGAGGGAUAUUUAUUUAAAAUUAGAAUUGUUAACUAUUUUUUACAUUGCUGUGUGUGAACAAAAACAUGACAAGACCAAUGUUUUUAACAUUCCCUUUAUAUCCUUUGUGGAGUGGUUUUUAACAGGGAGCAAAGGGAGCUCUCAUAUGAAGUGAGAUGGCCAAUUCCACAGCACAUGAAAUGUUUCUGCAUCUGUUUUAUCCUUGUGAAAUAGGAAGGGAAAAAAAGAAAAUAAUAAUAGGAAAAUUAAAAAAAAAAAAAAAGGAAAAUAACCCUUAUGAAGCACUCAAAAAUGACAUGAAAAUGUGUUUAUGUACAGCAGCCACUUAAUGGCUGCUGAGCUCAAGAGUUUAAAAAAAUAUCUAAAAAUAACUUUUGGACUUGGUGUAGACUUUUAACUUGAAUACUCAAUAUUCUGCACAGGGAUCUGAAAUAUUCCUUGCUGACCUUCCAUCCUCCUCAGAGAAAAGUGAAGGUGCUGCCAGCUUUGGUCUGGGAAGCCUUUGUGCCAUACACAGCUCCUCUGUGGUCCUUGUGGGGCAUGGGCUGGAUUUUGAAUUUUUAUUUUAACCUAUAAUGAGGGAUCAGUUUGUUUGUUUGUUUCCUAAAAAGAUAAUUACUGAUAUAAUUAAAGGUUUUGUAGCUUCAUGUGGAAUUUGCAAGCCUUGGGAGCCCUCGUUGCCAGGUUUACCCUCACUGCUCAUUGUUUGGAGGUGACAGGGGACGUGAUGAGGGGGAUGAUGGAAGUGGCAGCAGGGAAGAAUUCCUGUCAGAGCUGCUUGUUCCCAUUGCAGAGCUGUUCUUGGUGUUUGGUCUCAGCUCUUGUGCUGUGUGGGGCACAGAACAUCCACCCCAUUUGUGUGAGCCCUCCACUGCUCUCCCAUUUGCGAGUAAAUCCAUCGCGCUGUGGUUCUGGGAGACCACAGGGUGGGAGAACCCAGUGGCUGUGGAUUGCAGCAGUGACAGGUGAGUCCUCAGGGUCACACUGCUUCAAUCUGCUUUACAGCACCUUGAUGGCACAGAUGGAUCUCUCUUUUCUGCAUGGAAAAGCAGAGUGGUCACUUGGGACACAACUGCCUGGCAGGUAAGGGCAGAUUUCAGAGCAGACACCACAAAAAAAUGAUCCCUUAACUCAUUCUAAACUCUGGGAUAUUCUUUCACUUCUUUUACUUCUUUCAAUUCUCUCACUUCUUUUGAUGACUGCUUUACCCUGGAUAAUUUAUAAACCCCACUGGCUUUAAGUUGUGGUUGGCAUUACUGAGCCCUGAAAAUGUUUUUAGGUUUUCAGAGGACCCAAGAUAGUUGUAAAUUUUGGGCUAUUACAAAAAAAAAAACCCUCCAGUCUUUCAUUAUCUUUCUGCAAAUAACCUGAUUUCAGAGGAUAAUUCUGUUCUGUUACUAUCUCCUGUAUAUAAUUCUCUAACUGGAAAUCACUUUCCAGAACAGCAGUUCAUAGUCAUUUUACUUACACAAGCUUAGUAUAAGUUUACCUCCACUUUCACUGUGACUUUUAUAAAUGGAUUUUGUUUUGCUGAAUUAUAAAUUGUAUGUGUCUAUGCAUUGUAACCCGUAAUGCCUUUGAAAAUCCAGCCUGGAUGCUAAUGAUCAGGGUUUGGAAUUAUCUCCAAAUGUGUUUUGUUAGUAAUUAUGUUGAUGUGUGAUAUUCAAUACUGUGAGUACUGCAGUAUAUUAUUUCUUAAUACUUUUGACUUUUCAGUUCAGGUAAUAUAUAGUCUGUAUGUUUUUUAUUUCAAACACAUAGAACAAAAUGCGGAUAUAAAGGUUGUGUUGUGCAAUAAAAGAUUAUGAUACUGAAAACUUGGAAUUGUGGCUCAUCUGGUCUGCAGCCACUGCAGUGUUUUUCCUCACUUUCCCUGAGAUUUGAGUGUGCUUUGCCUGACUGCAAAUGAAAAUUAAGCCAGGAAUCUCUGUCCCGGGCUGUUU